AUGGCGUCCCCUGGCAUUAUGUCGAAAGAUGAUGUCGACGAAGCGAUCCUAACCGAUAUCGCCAGAGCUUGCAACACAUCAAUCAAAGACAUUGAGGAUGUAUAUGAGUGUACUCCUUCACAAAUUCGUAUGAUACAGGAGAUCAGACCGGAAGUAUACCAGUUUGUCCUCUCAUUUGGUCCUUCCGCGAGCGUUGAACGAUUCUCCGAAGCGCUUCGACGCGUAGUCGAUCUGAAUGCAAUCCUGCGCACGAGGUUUGCAAUAUGUCGUCUAGGAACGCUUCAAGUCGUUCUAGGGGCAGAUGAAAUUCCAAUACACCAUUCGGGUGAUAUGGAACAGUAUCUACAGGAUAGCAGAACUGAGGGCCUUUGGAUUGGAGUACCGCUAUUUCGCGCGAGGUUUAUCGGCACGAAGUUUGUCGCCACAAUACAUCACGCAAUCAUGGAUUACUGGUCAUGGUUCACUUUGUUCAAUGUCGACUUGGCAGCUGCGUAUUACCAACUCGAACCACCGACCCGCGUACCAUUCAAAGAUUUCGUUGCUCAUUGUAAGAGUAUAGACGACUCUGAAGCCAAGGUCUUCUGGGCAGCUAGAUUCAGAGGUCAUCCGGCAUGUUUCCCAGACUUUGGAUCAGGAGGUUCAGGGGAGGUUCGAAAGGCUGCAACACGAAAAGUAUCCCUUGGACGAACUGUGAGUGGAGCAGUUCUUGCUCAGAUGCCGUACUUUAUCGAGGCGUCGUGGGCCAUUACGUCGAGCAUUUACACGGGCAAUGACAGCGUUGCUUACGGUUAUCUACUUUCGGGACGCUCGUCCUCCUCAAACGGGCUUCGGAAUACUCUGGGGCCUACAGUCAUAGAAGUUCCGAUCCAAGUUGACCUGAAACGCAACAUGAGCGUGGAGCAAUUGAUCAAAGAGCGAGCUCUGUCGCUUCGGCAACUUCAAGCAAACCCUGCCGUACAAUGCGGUAUACACAAGAUUAUCGCGGCCAGCACAGCGUCAAAACAUGCUGCAGCAUACCGAACGUUACUGAAUAUCCUGCCUGAGCUACCGGCUGCGGGUGAAAGCGAGGAUAUCAAGUUGGAAUGCAUGACGUCGAUUGAAGCACCGUUUCCCUUACAUUUAAUUUUCAACAUAAACGGCGACGGCUUCACGAUUGAUCCUAGAUUCGACCCUCAAGCUAUAUCUGAGACUCAGUUGAAUCAUGCCCUGAAUCAGUUUGAGCAUGUCCUGCAACUACUGAUAGAAUCGCCGACAAAGACGAAGUUGAGUAGCUUAAAGUUAUUGAACCCUCACGAUCAUCAACGUAUAUCAUCAUGGAAUAGAGGUACUCCUCAACAAUCGGCAGCGUCCAUCCAGCAAGCAUUUCGUGUCCAAGUUCGAGAACAUCCUGACGCUCCCGCAGUAGAGGACGGCGACAUGAGAAUGGAAUACGGCAUGCUGGAUCGAAUGUCCGAUCGGCUUGCUCAUGACCUGCGAGCAAGAGGUGUCUCGCGAAAUGUUGCAGUGGCCAUGAUAUUUGAAAAGUCUCUGUGGGCCACGGUCGCGAUGCUCGGAAUCCUGAAAGCUGGUGGUGUAUGCGUGCCAAUUGAUGAGAAAGACGAUCUUAGCGACAGGACAGCGGUAUGCUCCCGAGUAAAUGCGAAACUUGUUUUGGUAUCAUCCACACAACAUCCCAAGUCCGUUGGUGUUGGGUCAGACAUCUUCAUUGUCAAUCACGACACCAUUGGGUCGACGAAAACGAGCAACCCCGUUCCAAAUGAUACGAGUUGUCAGGAUGAUAACGCCUUUACUCUGCUUACCGCGGAUGCUGGGACAGAAUUACGAGCGGUGAUGCUUCAACACGGAAACUUGACAGUUUCCUUGGUAAGCCAAGCCCAAAGACUUGGCUGGCAGCAAGGUUGCCGUAUGCUACAUCGUACAUCUUAUGCGUCCAGCUGGAGCAUUUUUGAGGUCCUCGGAAUGCUACUAUCCGGGGGCUGUGUCUGCGUUCACUCUAAGCCAGGUGACGAAAUGAAUCUAUCGAGAGCCAUUGAGGGUUCUGAGUCAAAUUGGACGAUACUCUCGUCAAGUGAGCUCUGUACCGUAGCACCGAGCAGCACGCCUUCUCUAGAAAACGUAUUGUGUAUUGGCGAAAGGCCUAUUCCGACCAAAGUAUCAACAAUGUGGACUAAGGCCGUACGGCUCUUCCGCGGUUGGGGAACAAGUGAAACAUCUUUCAUAAGUACCGUUCUAGAUGUUCCACCCAGUUCGCCAGAUACAACAUGCGUUGGGUUACCCGCCGGCUGCUCUGUUUGGAUAGUAAAUUCUCAGAACAUCCAUGACCUCGCUCCAAUCGGCAGCAUUGGUGAGCUUCUAGUUGCCGGCCCUGGUGUAGCCAAAGGAUAUUUGGCAGACGAGGCGAAAACGGCGGCCUCAUUUGUCGCAGCACCAGCUUGGGCGGCUUCGUUCUCACUUGAAGACGCAAGAAUGUAUCGUACGGGGCUUCUCGGCCGAUACGAUACUGACGGCAAUAUCUGUUUGGUAGGACGUCGAAGCAAUCGUGUCCAGAUCAAAGGUCGCGGCACACAACUCGAAGAUAUCGAGAGAGUACUUCUCAACUGUGAUAGAUUGAGUGACAUCGCUAUCUUGACGCAGAUCUCAGCUGGCCGGACUCAAAUUGUGGCUGUCGUUUGCCUGGCUGACUCUGUCUUACCAUCUAAGUCAAUAUUAGGCCCGAUAUCUGAAACUUGCAAAAGUGUUGUCACGCGGGAUAUCAGUACUGUCAAAAAUUACGCGAAAUCCAAGUUACCCUCUGAUAUAGUUCCUACUGUAUGGAUUGCGGUAGAAAGUCUACCUAGAACAGACUCUCAGGCUCUUGAUCGGGGUAGUAUUCGAGAUUGGGUAAAGUCAACAGGGCUCAAACAUCUAGUAUAG